CAACAACAUGGAGAUGAUAUCUGCCAGUAAGGUUAUCCUAUUCUACCUAAGCACUUACGCCAUCUUUUUCAUUUCCUCUGUCUAUUCUGCAGAGAACACUGGAAACAGUAUGGAAAACCAAGAGAAUGAUGAUGGCUUACUAAAGCCCACAGAUGAUAUUCAAAACCCAAGAACAAUUAACUCUGAGGAACUCCAGUACUGGAAGUCUAAUAUCCAAAAUGAACUAGAUUCCCUCCUGGCAUACAAAUAUAACAAUUUACCACUGCAGAGUGAGAGGCUGGUUUUAGAAGAGAGGGAUAAUAAACCUGCUGCUAAUCUACCUCUGCGGUUUGGAAGAGGUUCUGAAGAUGGGAUAACUAGAAGCAUCCCAAACCUACCACAGCGAUUUGGGAGAUAUGUUCCUGCAAAGGCUAAUAUCCCAUCUUUAGCCAAUUUGCCUCAGAGGUUUGGCAGAUCAAGCCAAGGUGGGCGUUACGUACAGUCUCUUGCCACACUACCACAGAGAUUUGGAAGGGAAACACCCCUACAAAGAUUACAAUAUGGAAUGAAGCCUUACCUGCAAGAAGUAAGAAGCCCUGAUGAUGACAGGUUACAGCGUUUGAGUUAUAGUUAUGAGAAAAAACUGCAGAUCUAACCAGAAACCCAUGUGACCUGAAGAUACUCAGUUUGAAGAUGUCCCCAUUACCAGAGAGUGAGAAUCUAACUGAAAACAACAUUCAACAUCGUCGCCCUCCUGUGCAUCCCCUUAUAUCCCCCUGUAAAGUUCUCUGAUCUCAGCAUCCUGAUGUGUGUAUCCAUUUUGUGUGCAGCAAUAUAACAUCAUUAUUUACAUUAAAAGACAAAAUGUAAAAAAAAUUGCAUUUGCA